CUCGCCUUAUUAAUUCGAUCACUAAACAAUCAAAAUAAACGGUCAACGGGAUAAACAUUUACGUUAGCUACCUACUAUUAAUCAUCAACUUGUAAGCUAUCUAUAUUACGCCGGCAUUUAUCGGCUGCCAGCUAAAAGGCGAGAUUGCGUCUGGGCAGUCCACUCGUGUCUCACGCGCAGCUAGUAUGGUAAUGACAUCCUCGUCAUCCUACCUCGCCAAUCCACAAAACACCAUUCCAAUAUCUUCAAAUAUAUUCAACAAAACAUCGAACGUGCCAUGACCCGGCGAUAACCUGUAUUUACACCGAAUAAAGUGAUCUCAAAAGACUGAUCAACACAUCAGUGCGUCACAGUGCUAUUGUUACGUAUUUAAUUAAGUUAUUUAAGUAAAUGGUAUUAGACUUCGUGGGAAACGGACUGAUAUGUGGACACGUGCAGUGCUUUCAAAAAACUGACUAAAUAGUGAUAAGAAAAUGGCUAGGGCUUCGUUGACUGCUGGAUUCCUGGUGGCGCUACUGUUGCCAGUAAACACCUUAUUUUCAGGAGAUAGCUGUUAUGAAGACGAGCAGGGAGGAUCAUGUAUCCCACUCACUCAAUGCAAACCACUUAUGUCAGAAAUACAAAACGCUGGACACCCGAUGCCUCUCCAUAUAAGGAGAAAACUUCAUGAAAUCGGCUGUGGAUUUGAAUUAGAUGAGCCAUUGGUCUGCUGCCCAUCGCAUUCAAACAUUGACAAUGAUAUUACUCCGGGAUUUGACAUAGGAAAUUGGGGUAAUAUCAACCCCAAGCCUACAAGUGCUGUCGUUCCUACGCCUUCACAGCCUCACACCCGGGACACGGACAACAAGAAACCGUCAACCGGGACGGAGAACAGAAGUGGUCAGCCCCCAAACGUCCAGGGUCAUCGGAACCUGCACCUCCUCCCUGAGAACUGUGGUAUCGUGGACAGUGACAGGAUAUUUGGCGGCAACACCACUCGCCUGUUCGAGAUACCUUGGAUGGUACUCCUGUCUUACAGCUCACCAAGAGGAACGAAGCUGAGUUGCGGAGGCACGCUGAUCUCUGAGCGGUACGUGCUAACAGCCGCGCACUGCGUCUCGAAUUUGGGGGAGCGACUCAAGCUGAAUGGAGUCAUCCUGGGGGAGCACGACGUGCGAAAAGAUCCCGACUGUGAACGAGUAGGGGAAAAGCUGUACUGCGCGCCGAACGUCAGGAAUGUAUCAGUGGAAGCAGUAAUUACGCACCAAUACAAUCCAGAGACGCUGGUCAACGACCUUGCUCUCCUGAGGCUGUCAGAACCCGCAGAUUUUUCUUUAGAAAGUAUGAAGGCAGUGUGUCUUCCCAUAACGCCUGAACUUCAAAACCAGUACUUGGACGAUCAGCCAGGGACGGUGGCGGGCUGGGGCGCCACGGAGGACGGUCUGCAGUCGCCGGUGCUUCUCAGUGUAGAACUACCCAUUGUCUCGAAUGCAGCUUGCACUAAAGUGUACAAAGACAACCCACGCAUUUCUGAGCGACAACUGUGCGCCGGCGGCGUGCAAGACAAAGACUCAUGUGGUGGCGACUCCGGGGGUCCCCUGAUGUACCCUGGUAAUGUCUUGAACAGGGGCGAGCGCUACGUGCAGCGAGGCAUCGUCUCCUUCGGCUCGAAGAGAUGCGGCAUCGGCGGGUUCCCUGGCGUGUACACGCGAGUCGCCCACUAUAUGGACUGGAUAUUAGACAAUAUCCACGAUCGACAUACCACUUGCGGGGCAGAUGAUGUGGGGCAAGCUGGCAGUACUAGAGGAGCAGGUGCUCCGGGGACAACGGUUGUGUCAAAGAACUUUCAAGGACUUGGGGCAACUGGGCCACUUUCAAAGUCGGCUGAACAGAAGUCGACGCCAAUUCCUCGAGCCCCGAUAACCACUCAGCAGAGGGUCCCAGUCUUCAGUGCUGUCAAUAACUCCACACCAGUGGUUUUUCCAUGCACUGUGUCGGGAUCAGCACAAAGCGGACAACGACGCCCUUCGCCGAAUUUCUUUACUUCGUUCAAGCGCACAUUGUUAAAGACCUGGAAUGACACAAAUAACUUCAUCAAGAAAAUGAAAGAAGAUCAUUUCAGAUGGCAACUCUUCAAGAGCAUACUCAUCUUCACCAUUGGGCUCAAGCUGUUCAACGAUUUGGCCAGACAUUUGGCCGAGGACUUUAUCUUUGUUAAAAUGUUGGUGAAGUUCGCAGCCGCAGUAUGCAUCUUUCUGCUCGCCUUGACAAGAACUGACGCACAAAAAUGCAACGGCGGUGCAGGAUGCAUAGAGCUCAAAGAAUGCACGAGCCUAUACGAUCAGCUUCGUAACCAGGGCAACACGCCCACCCUGGCGCGGCUCCUGCGCAGUCUGCAUUGCGGGUUCAACGGGGACCAACCCAUGAUUUGCUGCCCUCCAGGGUUAGGCCCGCCAGCUUUAGACGUGGACACAGCCGAGAGAGCCGGCAUCACCAGGGUGAAACCCAUCAACUUACUCCCCGGACUCGAUCAGUGUGGCGCACAGAAUGACGACAGAAUCGUGGGAGGGACCAGGGCGGAGAUUGAUGAACAUCCCUGGAUGACCUUGCUGCGGUAUGACAAACCCAAAGGAUGGGGAUUCUACUGCGGGGGAGUAUUGAUUUCUGCGAGGUACGUGCUCACCGCCGCCCAUUGCGUCAAAGGAGAGGAUCUUCCUACCAAUUGGAAACUAUCCCAGGUCCGGCUCGGUGAGUGGAACACCUCGAGUGCAGUGGACUGCAUCGGGGACGACUGCAGCGGGCCUCCACAGGACAUACCCGUCGAGGAAAUUAUCGCUCAUGAGAAAUACGACCCAGCAGACUCAAACCAACACAACGACAUUGCUUUGCUGAGGCUGGAGCACAAUGCGCAGUUUAAUGACUUCGUACGGCCUAUCUGCUUGCCAACGAUGAGUGACCUAAGACAGAAUACACUGGAGGGCUACGAUAUGGAAGUCGCCGGGUGGGGUAAAACAGAAACACGCUCGGAAUCAGAGGUAAAACUCAAAGUAUCGGUGCCAGUGGUGAGUAACAGCGAGUGCGACAGCGUAUUCAGUAGGGUGAACCGCCGGAUAGUCUCGCAGCAGAUGUGCGCUGGCGGUAUGGCAGGGCAAGACUCCUGCAGGGGAGACUCGGGAGGAGCGCUCAUGGGCAAAGUGAACAAAUAUAACAACUGGUUUGCUUUCGGCGUCGUCUCGUACGGGCCUUCGCCAUGCGGGACCCCGGGCUGGCCGGGUGUGUACACCCGCGUCACGGCCUACGUCGACUGGAUACUGUCUAAGAUCAAACCCUAGUUCUAAUAUUGACUGAUUUCAACCUAUUACUUGUUAAGCAGUACAACUAAUAAAAUCGCUUGCAGAUGUGA